AUGGACAUUCCAGUCUACGAAGCAGCGCCCUUAAAAAUGGAUCAAUUGAUGGAUGCGAUUGGCCGGUUGGUGUUGGCUUUAGAUCAUGAUAGGGUCACAAGUUUUGAUGGUAGGAGCGAUCAUAUCAAUGCAGAGAACUGGCUAAAUGAUAUGGAGGAAUUGUUGACUACUACUGGGUGCACCAAUGAGCAGAAGGUGGCUUACACUACUUAUAAGCUAACUGGGGAGGCUAAACUCUGGUGGCAAGUCGUUCAGGAGGCGAAGGCAUUAGAAUUCUUGGACUUGGCCCAGGGAAGUAUGCAGGUGAUUGAGUACGCAACUAAGUUUCUUCAGCUGUCAAGGUUCGGCAUGUACCUCAUUUCGAAUGAGGAGAAGAAGGAAAAGAAGUUUGAAUGGGGUCUAAAUACCCGUAUUCGAACAAUGCUGACCUGCUUUGACAUCUGUGAUUUCCCCCAGUUGGUGGAUCAGGCUUUGAUCUAUGAAGAGAGUUUAAAGGAGAAUGCAUUGGAAUAUGUGGAUCAGAAGAGGAGGGCUCAAGGACCUGGUACUUUGGUAGGAGGAGUUGGGCCAGCUAAGAGGAUGGAAGUGGAGAGUUAG